CUGAGCUGGUAGUAGUUGAAGCUCGGUGUUACUUACUUUGAGAAGCUCUUUUACAUCGAGUAUUCCAUUCCAAUACUCAUCUACAUCUAUCACUACUUACUUCACCGCCGGCAACUGGAGUCAUCAUGGCGGACACCGUACAGUUCUACAUGGAGGAGAUGAUCCCCGAGCUGCGAGAUCUCGAGCAGAAAGGGAUAUUCUCUAAGAAAGAGAUUCAGUCAAUAAUCAAGAAGCGCGAAAAGUUUGAAUAUGCUUUGAAGCGGAGGAUUAGCAAGAAAGCAGACUAUUUGCGUUACAUUGAAUAUGAAAUGAAUCUGGAGGCAUUACGAAAGAAACGUCGUGCUCGUAUGGUUUCCAACACAAAACAAUCGAUCUCAGAUUAUGCUGGACAGCGUCGCAUAUACUUUAUUUACAAGCGCUGCCUUACAAAGUUUAAAGGAGAUAUCUCGAUCUGGCUUCAAUAUAUCAAUUAUGCAAAAAAAACCGGAGCCAGUAGAACUCUCGGGAAGAUCUUCGCACAGGCAAUUCAACUCCAUCCUACAAACGAAAAGAUGUGGAUUCUAGCCGCAGCAUGGGAAUGGGAAGAGAAUGCAAAUAUUGUUGCUGCCAGAGUCCUCUUGCAGCGUGCCCUCCGCCUUAACACUACCACAGAGAGUCUUUGGCAUGAAUAUUUCCGCUUAGAACUUGUAUACAUCGCAAAGAUUUUGGCUCGUAGGCAGGUACUAGGGAUCGAUGUGUCAGAAGAGGAAAUCGAGGAGAAUUUACUGGAAGAUAGGGAGGUGGAUACAGACAAUAUGAUCAAGCUUCCCAGCAUUACAGGAGAAGAAUUUUCUGCCCUAGAUCAAGAUGAAAAGGGAGUAUUGGGGAAAAAACUAUCAAAAAAGGGCAAGAAAGAGAAGAAAAAAGCGCCAUUGACAGAAGAGAAGGCUGAAGCUUUCAAAACAGAGAAGAAUCCUGUCCUUCGGGGUGAGGUAGCGAUGGUUGUGUACAGGAAUGGAAUAAAAAGCAUCCCUAAUUCAUUCUCCUUCCGUAAAGGAUUUCUGGAUAUUGCCAAUUCCUUUAUCAGGCCGAAGCCGCUGAACGACGACUCGAUCCAGUACAUCUACGAUUCGAUCAAUGCUGAUUUCAAAGACUUGCCAGAAGCACGUGCACUUGUUGCUAGACGUGCUAUUGACGCCUAUAAAGUAGAUGAGGAGGGAUAUGUCAAGGGUGUUGGAGAAACCGUGAAGGCGUUUUGGCAGCUCUGUGACGACAAUGAUCCCAGAAUGUGGAAGCUUUUUGUGGAGAAUAUGGAAGCUGAGUACCAAAAAACAGAAGAAGAAAACUUGAAACUUUACUUCUCGAAAACUAUUGACAGGAUUUUCUCGUCUGCCGACAAGAAAAAUAUUCAUUCAGAGGACCUUUGCUUGCUCCAAAUCAACUGGAUUCUAUCAUCAUCGACUCUUUCUGUUGAAAACGUCAACAAGAAGGCACUCACAAUCCUCGAUCAGGCUAUAGCUAAGUACCCUGCCUCAAGAGCGCUUGUCCUACAGCAGAUUCGACUAUUAAGAACACUCUCGCGUUCGGAACAGACCGCACGUCUUCCAGCAAUUUUUGCCCACGCUCUCAAGACUCAUACAGAAAGUCUCGAUAUUUGGCGGGAGUAUAUUAGUUUCAUCAGGACAGCAUACCGAGAGGACGAUAUGAGUAAGCAACAAGUUGAAGAAGCAUUCCUAGAUGCUGUUCGCACCACCACAGCACUGCUCCCUGACGUUACAGAGGAGAGAGCCGAAGUAGGACAGGUCAAGCACAGCGUCAGUGCUUGGUUCCUUGACUGGAUGAAUGAAACCGAGGGUAUUGAAGGCGUGCGUCGCGUAUAUCAAACUCUACUGAAGAAGAGUCUACCUGAGCCAGGCUUUUUUAUGACGUGCAUAAACCUCGAAAAGAAGAAUUCGAUCAACGAAGAAGCAUCGAGAAAAGCAAUCUGUAUGCUUUAUGACAAAGCCAUCCACGCUGAUGAGAAGAAUGAAGACAUAUACCUCUCAUUCCUCAAGUUCCUAAACGAGACUGGGCAAGUCGAAAUGGCUAACAAAGUUCUGUGGAGGGCGGGUAAGGCCGCAGCAGACAGUGACGCAUUCUCUCAAAGAUAUCGCGAGAUGCUUGAGGGCAAAUGGUCAGAACCAAGCUAUUUAGCUGCGGAACUGGACUUGGAUAUGGAGAUGGACUCCCAGCCAAAUGAAGAGGCUUUAUCCUCUUGAGGAUGACUUUUGAGAUAGACACAUAAAAUAAAUUCUGC